GCCCGGGACGGGCCGCUUUGGCAAUAAAGUGAACGUCAGCGAGGCGACCGCAACCGCGCGCCGACACUGAGCCGGAGACAGGCGGAGAAACGGUGACAGCAGCCGGGCCCGGAGCCGCACCGUCCCCUCAGCCGACAGGGGAGAGGUCUCGCCUCAACUUCCAGCACUCCAGAUAAAACAAUCUGUCCAACUUCUUCUUGUAGCUAAUCCGGGCAGUAUUCUGGAAAAGUUUCUGAUAUUGCAAUAGACAUAGCAAUCAGACAUGGAAUUUUAUGAGUCUCAGUAUCUCCUCCUUAUUAUCCCAGCUGUGGUCAUUGCCAUAAUAUUUCUAUUCUUCUGGCUGUUUAUGAAGGAAACUUCAUACGACGAAAUACUUGCUAAACAAAAACGUGAUGCAAAACCUGUUUCAGCAAAAAUUGACAAGAAGAAAAAUGAAAAGAAAAAGAAUAAGAAGAAAGACAACGCAAAUGGUAACAUGCACGAAUCUGAUUCGGAGAGUGCAAUACGAGACUCUGAAUUGGUGGAGGCGUUGAUACCUGAUGAAGAGACGCCUGUUGAUAUUACGCCACCUCUUGCUGAAAUUCCACCUGGACUCAAAGAAAGAAAGAAGAAAGAUAAGAAAUCAUCAAGACCCAUAUCUGAGGAUCCUUUGGGGAGGGAUUUUGAAGGAUCAAAACAUGUUGCAAAGAAAAAUGAACCUCUCACAGUUACUAAACAACCUACUCCUCCAGAAGCUUCAAGUUUUAAGAAAAAAUCUGGACAGAAAAAGCAUAAGAAUGAAGCGGCCACUAGUGUCUCUGAGCAAUUUGAUAGCUACCACAUUUCCCCAGAGAGAUUGGAAACUGCUACUCAGUUUGCAGAGCCAAGAGAGGAUGCAUCCUUGUUAUGGAGACAGGACAAUGAUCCGGGUCAGGAUAUGCGCAGUACUUACAUAAAGGAGCACUCUGACACUGUUCAAACAAUUGGCAAAAAGCAAGAGCCAGUACAUCUCCCGAUAGAGACUAAACCAAAUGAAAGUGGGCUUGCAAAAAGAAAAAAUGUGUUGAAGAAGCAAAGAAUAGAGGCUGUUUCGGCUUCGGCUGAUAAUCUUCCGAUGAAGUCCGCUAUCUACAUUCCUUUGGAUAAUGCUCAGGCUUGUGGUCAUGCUGAAAAGAAGGAAGCUGUGGCUGAUGACAAAAGCCAUGUGAUCAGUAGUGGUAUGCAGAAAAACAUUUCCAAGAAACAGAGGAAUGAAUGUGAUAAAGAAAAUGCAGAUAUAAAAUUCAAAGAUUUUCUCUCUUCUUUGAAAAAUAUGACAUUCACUGAGGAGGAGGCAAUCUAUGUUGCAGAGAUUCUGAAAGAUAAGGCUAUGCUAAUUCAAGAUAUCUGGCAGAAACCUGGAGUUAAAUGUGACCCAGUCCCCGGUUUACAACAGCAAUUACAAGAUAAAGAAAAGUUACUUAGAGCUAUUCAAGAUGAAGUUACGCUUGCAAAUGACAAGUGCAAACAGUUAAACCAGGAUUUGGUGGCAGAAAAACAGAAAGCUAAUGUGGUUGAGUCCAAACUAAGGGAGCAACGCAGUGCACUUGAAAAGGAACUGGGAGCUCUGCAAAAUAAGCUGCAGGUCAGCUACCAAGAUCAUGUGAAUGAAACACAGAUGCAGUUUCGCCAGCUUCAAGAACAAACAGAUGCAUUGAAACAGGAAAAUAGAAUCCUGAGGGAUGCUGUAAGCAAAGCACCCAGUCAGCUGGAGAGCAAGCAAUCUACAGAACUAAACAAAUUGCGCCAAGACUAUGCUAGAUUAAUGAAUGAAUUUACAGAGAAAACAAAUCGCCUUCAGCAGGAAGAGCUGCAGAAAAAAAACUUGGAAGUUUCCUAUGAGCAGACAGUUCAACAACUCAAGACCAAGCUGCAGGAAGAAGAAAGAAGGAAGGAAGAAGUACAAAAAUAUCUCAGGAACAUAACUGCAGAGCAUGAGAAAAGACUAACAGAAAUUCAGAAUGCAAAACAAGAUUUACAAAAUAAAUUUAGGGUUGUUGAAAAUGAAAUUGGCAACAAAAGCGAAGAGGUGCAGAGUUUGCACAGUAAGCUCACUGAUACCAUGCUAUCCAAACAACAGCUAGAACAAAAGAUGGUGCAGCUGGUAAACGCAGAACAAAAGCGAGCUAAUGCAGAUGAUGCUCUGAAGAUUCAACUGCAGGAUCUGUUGGAACAGAAACAAAUCAUGAAUGCGCAGAUCCAAAAUCUUCAUGCUCAACUGGCAACUCAGGCUUCUGCAGCUAGUGUCGUUGAAGAGUUGCAGAAGAAGGUGUUAGAAAAAGAGAGACAGAUGAAGUUAAUGGAAGAAUCCUUACAUCUUCGUGCAACGAGACAAGAUCAGGAUAUAAAAAGUUUGCAGAAAGAUAAGAAGACUUUAACAGCUGAAGUACAAAAGUUGCAAGUUCAGACAUCCAAUCAGUCUUCAGUUUUUUGCAAGAUGGAUCAGAUGCAAAUAGGUCUUCAGGAACGAGAUGAGAAAAUAAAAACAGUUGAAGAGCUUCUGGAAUCCGGACUUAUUCAGAUGGCAAAUAAAGGGGAAGAAAUUGAGAACAUGAAGAAGGAAAAUAAAAGCUUAAGACAAAAGAUUCAAGAACUUGAAGUGCAAAAGGCUGAACAGAUGUCUUCUGUGUCCAGAAUAGCAGAACUUCAGAAAAUCAUUCAUGAGAAGAAUGAAGCAGUGGAUUCCAUCGAAGGUCUUUUGGAGUCUCAGAUUUUUAAAAUAGAAAGUAAUGAGCAAACAAUUCAGGCUUUGCGGAAGGAAAAUGGAAUGCUCAAAGGUGAAGUACAAAGUGCUCAACAGAACAUGAAGAAGGAAAAUAAAAGCUUAAGACAAAAGAUUCAAGAACUUGAAGUGCAAAAUGCUGAACAGAUGUCAUCUGUGUCCAAAAUAGCAGAACUUCAGAAAAUCAUUCAUGAGAAGAAUGAAGUAGUGGAUUCCAUCGAAGGACUUUUGGAGUCUCAGAUUUUUAAAAUAGAAAGUAAUGAGCAAACAAUUCAGACUUUGCGGAAAGAAAAUGGAAUGCUCAAAAGUGAAGUACAAAGUGCUCAACAGGUUUCUACGUCAUCAAAAAUGGAUGAUCUUGAGAAAAUAAUUGGAGUGCAAGAACAAGAACUUAGUAAUUUGAAGGCUGCAUUGGCAGAAGAGGCUGCAAACAAAAUGGCUGGAAUUCAGGAGGAGUCUUUAUCAGUGGCGACAGAACUCCAGAAGUCUCUUAUUGAAAAGGACGAAAAGAUUAAAAAAGUUGAAGAUCAGUUGGAAAAGGAGUUGAUUAAAUUAGAAAACAAUGGCCAAAAAAUUCAGGAUUUACAACAAGAAAAUGAUUUACUCCAGAGGCAGAUCGAAAAUGUCCAACUUCAAAAAGAAGAACAGGAUUCAAUAAAAGUCAAUCAGAAUGAAGAAUCACAAAUUAGACUUGAAACAAAAGAACAAGAAAUUAAUAGCUUGAAGACGACAUUGACAGAUAGUAGAGAAGCAGUUGCUGGCUAUAUGAUAAAAUUGCAGGAUCUUCAGCAUCAAAAUGCAGAACUGAAAAUUCUGUUUCAGCAGUUGCAGGAUAAAACUAGUGAACAGGACUCUGCGUUGCUCAAAAGUGAAGUACUAUUGAAUGUGCUUUCAGAAAAAGACCAAGAAAUUGAUUCUUUACAUCGGGAAAUUGAGCCUCUAAAAGCAGCUGUUAAUCAGCAACGGAUGAAAAACAAUGAACUUCGAGAGAAAAACUGGAAAGCAAUGGAAGCAUUGACAUCAACUGAAAAAAUGUUGCAGGACAAAGUGAACAAGACAGCCAAGGAGAGCAAUCAGCAAGUAGUUGCCAUACAGUCGCAAUCAAGAGAUGUUAUGAAAAGACUCUUUCCCAAGGUGUUGGUGUCUUCUACCAUGGAUUAUGCAGAUUGGCUGCAGGAAUUUGAGUGCGCAGCACGGCAGAUAUUAUCUUCCCUGCUAGAAGAGCAAACACAGGUCCUGGAACAAAAAGAAAAGGAAGCUGAAGAGAUGCAGGCAAUGUUACAGUUGGAAUGUGAAAAGUACAAGACAGUUCUUGCAGAAACAGAAGGAAUUUUGCAGAGGUUGCAAAGCAGUGUUGAAGAGGAGGAAGGCAAAUGGAAGAUGAAACUGGAAGAAUCACAGAAGACAUUAAUGCAGAUGCAAUCAUCAGUCCACACAUUGGAACAGGAAUUGGAAACAGCGAAGCAUGAAAACACAGAAACUGAAAGUCUAAGAAAACAGAACAACCAUAUUGCAUCUGAGUUGGAGAAGGUGGAACUGGAGAGGGCCACUUGUGUAACUGAAGUCAGAGAACUCAAAGUUCUAUUGACUGAAUUACAGAAAAGACUUGAUGAUUCUUGUGCUGAAGCAAUAAAACAGAAUGAAGAACUAAGUUUGCUUAAAAGUCAGUUAAAUGAAACAUCAAUAAGACUGAAGACUGAACAGAACGAGGCACAGAAAGUUGUAUCAAACCUAUAUGAGGCUCAAGAAUCUUUGAACAUUAUUCACGCAGAGGUCGCAAGAACUAUAAAAGACGAGAUUGUCGUAGAAAAUAGUGAUGUUCCAGAAGUAAAAGAACAGUUAGAUAUCAAGAAGAAGAUUUCAGAGGAUCUCAAUCAGAAUAUAAUUCAACUUCAGCAGCUAUUAGAAGCUUUAAUGCAUCAGUUCUCAAAAGGAAGGGAAAACUCUCAAAAUGUUUUUUUCCAGCUUGAACAAAAGGCAAUUGGAGCCCAGGAGGAAGGAGAUUCUUUUUGAAGAUGGUGCAAUGGUUUGCACCACAAUUUGCCAAAUUAAAGCCUUAUUUAUGUUUUUUUCACCCUUUCUUAAUGGUCAGACACUGAAUAGGCCUUUACUUUUGUGUUUUUUUAAAUAUUGAAUUAAACUACUGAUUUGAGAAUAUUGUAGGCAGCUUGAGAGUUUUUAGUUUUAUAAUAUGCAAUAUCCAAUCUGUACAUUCCUAAAUGCAAAUAAGUUGUCUACAUUUUUUUUUUUGCUAAAUGGCUACAUUAAUUACCAUCAAAUAAUAUAAUUUGGGCUAAAGAGGGACUAAAAUAAAUCUAGCAGCACAUUUGCUUUUUGGUUUAAACUAAGUAAGUUCAGGGUGAGCUACUUCUAAUUUUCAGCCUCAACUGCACUCCAAUAUUUUGUCACUGGCUUAUCAAAAAGUCUGAAGAAUUUUAUAAAAUUGACACUCGAUAAAAGGGAUACUUGUUUCUCAACUCGGAGACUGAAACUUCAUUCAGUAGCACUACUGUAUUUUUUAUGGUUUGGCCAGAUAAAAUGUUAAUGUAAACAGCAGAAUGCCAAUUGUUUUUUAUAGAUGCUCCUCUUGAGGGUUGAAUUGUAACAUCUUGCAGUAAAUAUUGAAUUGUCAUUUAUUGCUGACAAAAUGGUACAAACUUUUUGUUUCUGUUAAGUGGGCUAAAAAUACAACUGAUCUGUGAUGCAUUGGCUACAUACUCAAGCUGCGAGUUUAAAAAUAAAAGAAUGGUUUAUAGAAAAUAAACAGUUCAAUCAACA